AUGAAGCUGUCUCUACUGUCGCUGGCGACGCUGGUUACAGCCGCUGUGGCUGACCUGGACCCUAUUGUGAUCAAGGGUUCCAAGUUCUUCUAUUCCAGCAACAACACUCAAUUCUAUCUUCGCGGUGUCGCGUAUCAACAGGAUACCAGCGAUAGCACCAGCUACAAGGACCCCCUUGCCGAUGCCACCGCGUGCAAGCGUGAUAUCCCCAUUCUUCAGGAGCUGCGCACCAACGUCAUCCGUACCUACUCCAUCAACGCCAGUGCAGAUCACUCCGAGUGUAUGAAGCUGCUCUCGGAGGCGGGCAUCUACCUGAUCUCUGAUCUGUCAGACCCAACUCAGUCCAUUGACCGCAGCGACCCCAACUGGCUCACCAGUCUGUACUCUCGCUACACCAGCGUGAUCGAUGAGCUCUCCCAGUACAACAACACCAUUGGUUUCUUCGCCGGCAAUGAAGUUGCCAACACCGCUGACACCACUGACUCGGCCGCUUUCGUCAAGGCUGCGGUGCGCGACAUGAAGAAGUACAUCAAGGAGAAGGAAUACCGCUCCAUGGGUGUUGGAUACGCCACUGCUGAUGUCUCGUCGAUCCGCGUGGACCUGGCCAACUACUUCGACUGUGUGAGCGCCGAUGAGUCCGUCGACUUCUGGGGUUACAACAUCUACUCUUGGUGCGGUGACUCGACUUAUGCAGAGUCUGGAUACAAGGCUCGCACUGAGCAGUUCCGCAACUACACUGUCCCCGUCUUCUUCGCCGAGUAUGGCUGCAACGAGGUCACCCCUCGCACCUUUACCGAGGUGAAUGCUCUGUACGGUGAUACUAUGGCCGAGGUGUGGUCUGGCGGUAUUGUCUACAUGUACUUCCAGGAGACUAACAACUACGGUCUGGUAUCCGUUGUCGACUCUACUAGCGUGAGCACCAUGUCCGACUUCAAGUACUACUCCAGCGAGAUCGCCAGUGCCGAUCCCACCGGUACCAACAAGGCCUCCUACACCCCGACCAACACCGUUUUGCAAAGCUGCCCGACCGUGGGAAGCGGCUGGCAAGCCAAGGCCUCGCCUCUGCCCCCGACUCCGGACGCGGACCUGUGCGACUGCAUCUACGAGGAGUCCGCCUGCGUCGCCUCAAGCAGCCUUUCGGACACCAAACUGGGUAACCUGCUGAGCACGGUCUGUGGCUACACCGACUGCGCUGGUGUGACUGCCAACGCGACUACCGGCGAGUACGGUGCCUACAGCAUGUGCGAGAUCAAGAACAAGCUGGCCUUUGCCCUGAACAAGUACUACACGGAGCAGAACAAGGACUCUAGUGCCUGUGACUUCUCCAGCUCUGCCUCUACCAAGGCCACCACUGCUGCCACUGGCACCUGUUCGGCGCAGAUUAAGGAGGCUGGCACUGCCGGCACCGGGACUGUCACCACCGAGGCAACUGCGACUGCUGCCUCGUCCUCAAGCUCGUCCACCUCGUCCAGCGCCGGUGCUCCUAUCACCCUUCACUCAAGCGUGACUGUUGGUUACUUCCAGAUUGGCGCCUACGUUGCCACUGCCUUCUUGACCGGUCUGGGCAUGAUUCUGCUGUAA